AUGAGUCAGGGCGGGGCGAGUCUGUACCAGGACCACAUCCUGCAGGCGGUGCUGCAGGGAAACCUUACCAGCGUCCCCGAGCCGCCGUCCAGGGUGCUCAAGAUACUCGUCGCCUCCACCAGGCUCGACUUGGAUCAUGAGCGGAGGGUGGUCCAGGAGAACGUGGUGCCGGAGCUACAGAGGCACUGCGCCUCCCUGGGGCUCGACGUGCAGCUGCUCGACCUUCAGCAGGGUCCGGACCCGAGGCUCUGUCUGGCCUCCACCACGCUGCAGGAGCUCGAGGACUGCCACGCCAGGUCGCUCGGCUGUUUCCUCAUCUGCCUGAUCGGGAACAAGUACGGUCCCCUGGCGCUGCCGGACCUGAUCGAGAGCAGCACGUUCGAGCAGGUGCACAACGCCGCCCAGGAGGCCGGUCUGGACGUGAGUCCGCUGGCCAACUGGUACCUGCUCAACGAGAACCUUGUGCACCCGGCAUACGAACUCCAGGUGCCACAGACGCCGGACCCCGUCGCAGACAGGACCAGUGAACCCGACGGAUGCAUCCUGGUUGCGGGAGACCCAGUGGCGGAGUCCCGCAGGAUCCUCGAGGAGCAGGAGCAGGUCUCCAAGGUGCUACGCUACGGAGCCAGGGUGGCCCUGGACGAGGGACUCAUCGACGUCGACACCGAAAGGCAGUUCCGCAUGUCCAAUGUCCAUACCAUCUUGGACCGAGCACUCAGGCUGUCGAAAGCCGCGCCGCAUAGGAUCAUCUGUGUCGUCAGGCAAUUCGAUGGCAUCAACAUGAGCGAUGCGUCGGUGUCGUCGUACGUCGACGUGUCUGCUCAAGACGGAGGUUGCACGGACGAAGAGACGUCGCUAAGCGCAGAUGACUUGGUCGCUGACAUCAUCCUCAACGUCAACAAAAAAAAUGUUCACUAUUACUGCGUUCCGUGGCAGGCGAGCGGCCUGGACCCGGAGUUCCCGGAGCACGGCGGCUACCUGGAGAAACUUGCCGAGUGCCUGCUGUCCAGCGUGAAACAGAUGGUGGACGACGCCUCCCAACUCGACACGCCCGACUGGGAUGAGCUCCCGCCCACCUUCAGGAAGGUGGUCCAGGAAGUGGUCCGCGAGUCCCAGACGCACCUCUGCAACAGCAGACAGCUUCUGGGCGCACUGGGAGUGUCCCAGUCCCUGGACAGCGACUACGGGCCCCUGCUUCAGAUCCAGCGCCUCAUGUUGGCGGACGAGGAGCGGGCACGACACACGCCCAUCAUCGUUUGCGGCCGGGAAGGCUGCGGAAAGUCCACGCUUCUAUCGCAGGUGCUCAUGUACUGCCCCGAGUGGCUGGGGAACGACGUGGUGCGCAUCAUACGUGGCGUGGGCCAGAGCCCCUUUUGCGCGUACACGGCCGAGAUCCUGCGCAACCUGUGCCUCCACAUCAGCAUGGUGUUCGGCUUCGAGAUCAGCCCGAAGCACCACAGCUUCGAGCUGAGCAAGCUGAGCAUCUGGUUUCAAGACCUGCUCAAGCUGGUGGAGACCACGACGAGCGACCUGGUCAUCGUCCUGGACGACUUGCACCAACUCAAGUGUCCGCCCAACAACCAGGCGGCCAUCUUGGGUUGGCUACCGUGGAACCUACCGCUCAACGUGCACAUCGUCUGCUCCGUGGCCGAGGAAGCCGAGGGUGUGCUUGGCCUGCUCAGGAGCCGGAUAUCAACGAGCGACAGCUACGUUCACAUUCCGUCCUUGCAAGGCUCCGCGGCGGCGAGCAUGCUUCAAUCAAACCUCAAGGACCACAAGAGGACCCUGACAAAAAACCAGUGGGGUGUUGUGCGGGACCGCCUUGCCGGACAAUCCGUGUGUCCUCUCUACGUGACCCUGCUCUCCCAGCAAGCCAAGCGCUGGUCGUCCUACGAGGCCCUAGACGGUGACAUGCACGUGCCCGGAGACAUCGGCACCUUCGUGAACCGGACCCUCGAGAAGAGUGAGAAGCGGUUCGGCUUCAGCCACGUCAAGAAGAUCGCGUCGUACCUGACGUGCACGAGCUACGGCCUGCGUGAGCCGGAGAUCGUCGAGUUGUUGUCGUGCUCCGAGUGCGAAGCAUCUCAGAGGGAGUUCUUGCCCGUCAACUGGCUGUCCUUCAAGAGAGAGCUGGGAGUGCUGUUGAGGGAGUCGUACGUGGACUGCCGGUCGUACUUGCAGUGGAGCCAUCGCUGCAUCGGUGCUUGCGUCCGCAAACGGUACCUGGCCGAACCCGAGGAUGCGGUCGCUUGUCACACAGACCUGGCGAACGCGUUUCAUCUGGGCUUUUUGAUGCAGAAGGACGAAAAGGGUCCCGCCUUCGACGAUUCUAACAAAUCUAAGCGGAAAGAAGAUUGGUCAGAUCUUUUACGAGAAGUGGACGAGCUCUGGAAUCACUUGUUUCAAAGUGGCGACGUGAAACGGCUCAAUCAAGACGCAGUGUGCAACUUUGAGUUUUUACUUUCUGCGGUUAGGGGGGCUUCAAUAAGUUACGUCAGGAGCGUCCUUGAAAUCGUACGUGCACAGUUACUAGACUGGGAAAUCGAGCUUCUGUACAAUAUGACCAAACAAUCCGUCGACGUCCUUAGCCAAGACCCGCAACAACUUGCAACGGAGAUCUUGAACUGGCUAAGACCCUAUGCAGACGGUAACUCUAAAGUGCUGGAGGACCUAGUGAGCCAAGCCAACUCUUGGUGCAACCAGGCGAAGACCCCGCUGCUUGUUCCACUCACGUCGUGGCUAAGCCUAACGCUGCCCCCUCAAGUCACUUCCAUGAGUCUCCCGAGUCCACUAAAGCACCUGGUGGCCGUGCCCGACAGCCAGCACGUCUUCUGCACGACGGAGGCCGACAACCGGGUCAUUUCCAUGUACCACGUGACCUCCAAGAAGCUGGUGAGGCAACUUUCAGGCCACAAAGCAACCAUCACGUGCCUACACAUGUCCGCGUCGGGAAGGCACCUAGUCAGCGGCUCCGAAGACACCGAUGUCCUCAUAUGGGAUCCUGUUCUAGGAACCUUACAGAGGAGGCUCAGUCACCACGUGGCAGGCGUGCUCUGUGUGGCCACCACGCACUCGGAGGACUUUGUCCUGAGCGGCUCCGAGAUCGGAGUGGUGGUCGUGGCCCGUCUGGACACGGGUCAGCUGGUGCAAAGACUCGAGAACCACCGGGGCGUCGUCAACGCGGUGGCAGUCAACAAGGGAGACGACAUCUUCGCCACGGCGUCCUCGGACUGCACGGUGUGCGUCUGGUGCCUGGAGGACUUCACGCUGCUGAACAGCAUCGCUCUCCCAUCUGCCAUCGUGCGGCUGUGCAUCUCCUCGGACAGCACGUUUCUGCUACUCGCCUGCGCGGACAACGUGGUGCGCGUCCGGUCCCUGACCACGGGCUCGGACGUGCACUGCCUGCAGGGCUACACGGGCCGGGUGAGCACACUGUCCUUUGCCAGGGACAACUGCCGCUGCGUCGUGGGCACUGGGGACGGCAAGGCCUUCGUCUUCGACAUCCACUCCGCCCGCCUGGUUCAGACCCUGGUGGCGCAUCAGGACUCCGCCGUUGUGGCCAUCCAGGCCCAAAGCAAGGACACAUUUCUUAUCACGGCUGCCGGGAACAAAAUCGUCGUUUGGAACUUUUACCUGAAGAGGAGUGAGAUGUGUCAUCCGCAGCCAAAAGCCAAGAAGGUGGAUGUACACAAGGAUCCGGUCUCGUGCGUCGCUCUGUCGAGGGACGGCAGCAUGGGUGUAACUGGCUCCCGGAACGGGCAGAUCAAGGUGUGGCAGAUGAGCAUAGGAGAGCCUCACACCAACCUGGAAGGACACACUGCCGCCAUCACCUGCCUUGUCUUUGCACCGAACGGGCUUUUCGUCGUGUCUGGCUCGGAGGACAACACCGUCCGAGUCUGGGGGCUCUCUCUAGGGGUCCUCGCGUGCACCUUCAAGGAGCACCAGAGCAAGCCCGUGAGUGUGUUCGUCACGUCGGACAGUCGGCGCAUCCUGUCCGUGGACGCGCAAGGGGUCCAUCGUCUCUGGACGGCGGACAACGCUACGCAACUCAUCAUGUGCACGAGGACUUGCAAACAAGUGAUACUACACGCCAACAUGGUGUUCAACGUCGGCGGGAAGAGCGACAACAGCCUUAAAUACUGGCCCGUCAUGGAUACGGAGAGCGAGAAAACAGUGAGCCACAGCGAAGCCAUUCUGUGUUACACCGUCACGUACGACUGCCAAACCGUUGUGACUGGUUCACAAGACAUGUCUCUCAAGGUCUGGGAGGUUGCAACAGCAAAACUAACACAGGUCCUCGUGGGUCACGAAGGUCCGGUCACCUGCGUGGCGGUGGCACCGUUCAGAUCGUCCCUCGCAGUUUCUGGGUCUCAAGACUGCAAUCUUAUUGUCUGGGACAUGACCACCGGAAGCGACAACUUCAUUCUUCGUGGUCACACGGAGUCCAUCAAGGCCACCAAGCUCACCCUGGACGGAACCGUUGCAGUCUCGUGUUCGGACGACAACACGCUGCAGCUGUGGAACACUCAGAAUGGGCACCGCAUCGCGAGUUUCGACCUGCAUGCCACGAUGCUGGUCAUGACGACGUCGCUGAACACGAAUCACCUAAUCAUACAACUGGCCAGCAGCACGUUCGUGCCCAUGCUCAAGAUGCUUAACAACCCUGGCAAAGGACUCAUGCUGGACCUCCCUCCGGGCACCCCGGUCAGCGAUGAAAGCAAGACCCUAGGCCUGCACCUGCGAGGCAUGAUGCCGAAGCGAGUCCUCCUGCGGGGCAACCUGAAGCGGGAGCAGUCCUUCGACUCCUUCUACUGGGACCUGCGCGCUCAGUCGCCCAAGCACGAAACGGUCGACGACUUCCGCAUGAAGCCCCUGUCCCCGUUCGGUUCCCGCGAGCACCUGCAUUUGUCCGGAACUACACCCGUCUGGAACGGCGGCGUCAGCACGGGCCGUGGCCUCCGACCGGGCGGCCACCCGAGCGACCUGGGCCUCCAGCCCAAGCCCAAGCUGCCCAAGCACAAGAUCCUCAAGAAGCAGCAAAGCAUGUUCGCCUGCUUCCCCGAGUUCACGCAACAGGCGCCGCCCACGCUCAUCUCUCCGGUCACGACUGCCAAGGACAUCGUCGAGAAGAAAGAACUGUUGCUCGGCAAGCCCUCCCGCGUUGCGGCCGCCAUGACGUUGCCCAGAACCAACAGCGUCGAAGAGGCUCCGGAAAAGGCCCAGGACGAGGGCGCCGUGGGGCCAGAGAACACGGUCACAGACUCUGCAGUCUGCGUCGUCAUGUGAAACGCGGCCGAGGGACACUAGGAUAUGUUUGCAAGCAGUAGCGUAUGGUCGGCGAACGCCCACAGUCCCCCAGACGUCGUCAGUGAGGGCACACUUUUUUCCAGUGGUGGCGUGAAUUAUCCAUGUUUCCGGUAGCUAUUCAAACGAACCUUACAAAAGCGGCUCGUUCGGGUAGAGCUAGCGAAGGUGCCAGAGUGAACUGUAGAGGUUUUCUUUGUUUGGUCGUUUUCAAUUGGUGUUUUCUUUCAUAGUUAUUUUUCUAAGACGGCGUGUCAAACGCAAAAGGCGGUUAAAAUUUUUACGCUUCGUAGCUGGGGCGGGUUGUUCUAUAACGGCAUCAGGGACGUCGGUCGAAAUAGGUAACCUGCAGAUGUACACCCGGGUGCAUUUUGAUGUGGGUUCGUUCGUCGUAGUAAAAGGACCGCGCUAGGAGGUUUAGGGCGGCGUGGAUGGAGAUUCCACGUAGGCUGUCACCGAACCUUUCUUUGGAUACCCCAGUGUUGAUGUGGCGUUGUUGUGAGCACCUGAUUUUGCACAGCCAUGCACGGGUGAGUUGGCGCACCGUCACAAUGCACACCUCAUUCACCGUACUGCACCGUGUACGUAGUGUCGGCAGCUCGACCGCACACGCCUCCUGUGACGAACACAGGACAUUUUCUGUUAAAUAUCAAAGCACGACUGUAGAAAAAGAAAACCUUUUUGCUUCCUCUGUACUGCAUCGAGGAAAACGGUCGCAUUUACGUAGACGGCAGGGUGUGACAAUGGUAUGCUCCGUUGCCUUCCUUGUUCCUGUAUACCACUUUAAUACAUGAAACAAAAAAACAAGCGAUGCAAUUUUGUAUGUCUAAGGCAGCUUAUCUUGUAGACUAAUGACUGGACGGGAAUCUCAACUCUUUAGCGGCAGAUGGUAAAGGACAUAAUUAGGUGCACACACAGUAUUUCUAUUUCCCACGCUUCCAUCUCUAGUCACAAUGUUUGCUCAAUGUCAGUGACGUCGAAGGUGUAACCCCUCUUGAAAGCAAAUUCAUCAUUGUGUGGCCCAAAAUUAUUUUUUGUACCAUACCCCUGUAUAUGCUGUAUAUAACGAGUAUUACGUUAGGUACUGCCUUUAGGCUGACCCUUGGUUGCGUUACCCACACAUAUGCGAUCAUCUGUGACCGCAGACACCAAAUCCAGAGCUGUGACCGACAUGCCAUUACGGCACCCACAAAUGUCCAGCGGUUGACCGGUCGGAAGCAAUCUGAGGGACGUGACCGACACACCGAGGGAGAUUAGACCAUGCCGUUUCGCAAAAUUCUUCUCAAAAUGCAUUUUCUGCAAGGCAGCCACCUUCUCCAGCUUAAGUUUUGAUCAAUUUGUGUGUGUGUGAUCAAUUUAUAUAAUGCAGGCUAGUGUAAGAAACGGCACAAUCCAAUGGGGGAUUUGACGGCUGGGCACGUUUCCACCAAGCUAUUCACAACCUCUGUGAUCCGUUAACUGCCAUCAUAUUAUUAGCUUAGACGUCAGAAUUGCUUGCCUGCUGACACAUUAUUACGUGACACAAGAUCUUCUUUUCAACUACGAAAAUAAAAAUCAGAACCUGAGUUUUAUUGAGGAGCCCGAUUUGUUGUCUGCGUGUGAAGCCACCUGUGUAUGCUAAAAUGCCUGUCUUUUUUUUUUUUUUAUUGUUUUCUUUUUUUUUGUUUUGUUUUGUUUUUGCUUUUUCCCCUUUAUCUGAAGAAGAUUUUCGUUUUAAAACGACAUAGACUGCAGCUCGAAAUUGAACCAGAUCAGUAGAAUUGCCUAACCUUAACUUUAUUUCUAACUAAAGCACUUUGAGUUCAGAUUUUCCUAUAAGAAGGCAUACUUACAAUUGGGAGCGACAUUCAACGUUUCAGAUUUGCUCACUAACCAGGAACGGAACAUGAAAAACAAACAUACUUGGUUUAAAAUUACUCUUUCUGUGAGAAGAUCAAAACCGGGGUUUCUUUAUUAAAUAUUUUCUUAUCGACAGACAUAUCCUUUUAAGCGCAUUUUGUUAUAUUCAAAAUUGGAAUGCCUAAUUCAACGCAACCCAAGCCACACAGAUAGACAUUCCAGUUGUAAUAAAUGUGUAAGUUUAAAAUCCUUGAGCCUAACUAUUUUUCUGAUAUUUGAUCAAAUAAAUAUAAAAUAUAAUUACUAAAAAAAUGUAUGUUAAACUAUUAUAUCUAAAGAAAUGUGUUAAUAUCCAGUAUCCUUUUCAAAGGAGUAUUGCUGGAAAGAAGAUGAUGUACAUUCAAAUGAUCCGCAAAUAUUAUAGGUAGGUUUUUCUAAAACAUACGAACAAUGAAUGUAAUGUUGAUGCUUGACCGUGUUGGUGUCUAAAUUAUGCUAAUAAAAGAGGGACAUGGAAAACCAACAGACGCCACAGGCGGUUGUCUUCCAUGUCCCUUUUUCUUUAGCGUAAUAAUGAAUACAAUGUUUUAGUUUCGCCCUAACGUAAUGUUCCAUGCUUUUUUCGAUGUUAUAACUCCAACACAGCUAUAUUUAAUUUACACUUAUCACCGUACAGAUUCCUAAUUAGAAACAUAACUAAUAAUUUAAAGACCUGAAUAAUAUUUUUUGUCUUCGGUAUAUAUACAUAUUCGUAAAAUCUGAAUUUUAUUGAAAUGUCAAAAGUUGACCAAAUUAUUGCAGCCCGAACGUCCCAUUGAAUCCAAGUUGCGCUACUGUUAAAAGUGUAUGCACCCAUUUUCCAACUACCAGCACCUCUGGCUUACCAUGGCACUCAGUACAACACGUAACAUCAAGAACUAACGUUCAAGUUUAAUUUAUCAUCAACUACGAUGAACGGUAGUAAAAAAAAUAGUUUCCUGGUCUUGGCUGUGAACCCAACCGAAUCACCCAAAUAUUCAUUCAACUCAAUUUAAAGGCAUACGCUCCCCUGUUCAUUUGAACUGAGUUUCACUUUCAACAAUAGUACCUAUUGUAUAUGUGGAUCAAUUGUUUCUUGUGUGUGCACAGCUCACGUAUGAAUUGUGUGUUUUGUAAAGUUAUGCCCAAUAAUCUUUCGAGCUGUCCCGCUAUUCCCGCGUCAUCAUUCCCGGUUGAUGGAAGUAUUCAUGUCAUAGGAUAAAAAAUAGAAGGCUCUAGCACUUCUGUAUCGACGAGAAGACUAGCCAGUGGCUGAAGCAGGCAAACGCCCAAAGCAUCGUAGUUUGUUUACAUUAUGUAGUCGUGAACAAACCGAACUGUCGAAUCACUUUCCACCCAAAUGCACAAUGUUAAUGUUACCUCUCACGCCACAGAAAAAAAAAAGAUGUAAAACGUUAUAAAAAACUUGGAGUGAAAACCCUCUCGAUAGUGAAAAUCCUUCGUCCAUAUUUUCAUUACAAUGACUUACUAUUAUUACACAUACGUGUUUUUUUUGGCAGUGAGGCUUAAAAAUGUAAAAUAACACAUAUAACAGGGAUUUCUACUUUUAAUAUUAUUCCGUCGUUAGAUAAAGAUGAUCCUAUUAGCGGUUACGUAUCCGAAGAAAAAAUUGUUCUUAGUAAAGUUCAUGUAAUUAUUUUGUGUGCAUUGAUAACAAAAUCGUCUAGAUUACUGACUUUAAACUGGUAUGCAUGAUGACAAAAAUAACACACCUAGAUGUCAAUGCACACAAUACCUCAAUUAGCGUUGCACAACAUGUCAAGGAUUGUGCACCAUUGGAAUUAAGACCGGGCUAACCCAAUGAAACUUUCAGGAGGCAUAACUUAUGUUUAUCUGUAGCGAAGCACCAUAGUAACGUAAUGUCAAGUACAAAAAACAACCCAUUGUGAUUCUUAGAUGAACGUCUGCGAAGCGAAUAAUCUAAGCUUGUUCGCUAAUUUCACACUUGUUAAUGAGUUAUGUUCGCUCGAUUACCACAUCAAUGUAGGGGUAAUUUACAAUUGUGACAUUCCUUGCUUCGAAAGUAAUGUUAAGCCGCUGAAAAAUAAUCACUAAGAGGCUACUGCGAUUAUUGUUGUUGCAUGUGCAUAUUCCAAAGUAUCACUAAAACACUCGUCACAAAGGCAGUAAAAAAAAAAUUCGUAUGACAGCUGCCGCACUAAAAUGAAGUCAUUUCGGGUGGUCACUAACUUAACAUAACUUGAAAGGAUCCUUAGAACAAAACUAUUCAAAUUGAUUAGUUUAUCUCUGUUGACUGGUCAUUAGGGCGACAAAGUUGAUUAUGAAGUGAUUAAAAACAAGAGCCGCAGAGUUCAGACUUCUGCGCUCCAACAUGUUGAUUAUAUAUACACAAAAAAUAGGCAUACAACACGGGAAUUUCUACUUAUGUUCCAGUCGCUACAAUAAAGGUUCCAAAGAACACCGUGUGAUGCAGAAUACUGUCUAUGCAAUGUUUGUUACAGCGUUUCAAAAUCCCCUCUCUGAAUAAUCACAAGGGGAUAUUGUUCCGCUUAACAUUCUCUUAGAGUGCUUGUUAAGCAUAACCUUUUGAAGAUGGAGAUUUAUCGAGGUCGUUUGUACAUGUGCCGGAUAUCUCAGCAAUAGAGUGCAGGAGAGUUGGAAGUACGUUUUUUCAACAUCUCGCGACAAUGGAAAAAAAAAAAAAAAAAAAACAUCGCACAGUGAUGCGAAUUAUGUUGGCAGUUAAUAUUUUUUGUUUGCUGGUGUUCUUGGACGCUUCUCUUUGUUUCAACAUGAUUACACAAUUGCUUCUUCACUGAGCAUCUUUAGACUAAAAGGUGUGUGUCCCUACAUUGAAGAUAUUGCACAGACCAUUUUAGAUCCCUUUCCACGCUCUGUAAAAUAGUAGGUUAUGUGUGUUCAAACAUCAAUACAAGAUUAAAAGUUCUCCACCUUUGUGUAAAUUUUUCCCUUGGUAUUGAUUAAUAAAAACAAAUUUAUAGA